UUGUUGCUGUUUACAUUAAAUAAUUGGGGGAUGGGGGGAUAUGUCCGUAAUUCUAGUUUUCUUAAUAGGAUUUUUGCAACGUGAAUAAAAUCAAUGAAAGGAAAAUUGCUGCUAUCAAUUGUGAUUGUGCGUUGUGGUGCAGGAGAGAGAGAGAGAGAGAAGGAGAGAAACAAGUUGAGAGAGGUAAGAGAGAGACAGAAUGGGAGAAGAGAGACCAAGAGUGGGGAAAGAGAGAGAGAGAGACGAAAGAUAGAGAGUAGUUUAACAGUGGGAGUGAUUGAUGCGAAUUAUUUGCCAAGCAGUCUUCUUUCUACUGCCACUACAACACACUACAGUUAUAACAGACAUUCUCUGGAUAUAUUAUGGAGAGAGAGAGAAGUUGUAGAUGAUAUUGUUGCACUUUGUUUGCCAACAAGUCCUAACUGCUUAACUACAUUAUACAAUAAGAAAACACACACACAUAGAGAAGCUCUGGAGAUACACACAUACAUAUAUAUAUAAAAUAAUAUUUAUAUAUAUAUAUAUACGUUUUUUUUUUUUUUCGUUUUCACCCUUUCUCUUACUCCCAUGUUCACAUUCAACUUGCUAACUUUCUAAUAUCGUCGACGGCUACUUGAACUACCUACCUAACCAGGCUGGCUCAGCCCUAUCACCAUCGCCACCACCGCCAUCAUCAUCAUCAUUAUUGCUACAACCACCGCCGUCGCCGCCAUCAUCAUCAUCAUCAUCAUCAUUCACUGUCUCACUCAGUCUCUCACUCACUCACAUACACACUCUCACUCUCUCUCUCGGUCUCUUUCAUUACCUCUACUCUCAUUCCAUUUCAUAAGUGAACUAUUCAAUUAGUCUCGUGCUCGUGCCGUGGUACUCCGCGAGAUCUGGGCUUAGCGAAAGAUGGCGAUGAGUUUCGAUGGCAUGAAUGGGUCAGAUAUGGACACAUCCGACUCCCGAAAAAGACCCUCAGACGCCGAAAGUGAUAGCGGGGUGACGAAGCGCUCAAACCAAGGCGGAGGUACUAUUGGGACACCUGAUGACUACAGCUGUGAAUAUAAAUCUGAUUCAGGUAUUGAAAGUCAGGUCUGGGCACCCUCAUAUGCAUACGAAGAUUGUCAACCCGGGGACGAACCGUUGAGACAUAAUAUGAUGGCUUCUCUUCAAAUUUGGCACAAAAACCAAGGGGAGAAUGUCCACCUUAAGAUUUUAGUUCCAAGUGCAGCUGCUGGAGCCAUUAUUGGCAAAGGUGGAGAAACAAUUGCACAAGUGCAGAAAGAUGCAGGAGCCAGAGUAAAGAUGUCGAAAGCUAAUGAUCAUUAUCCUGGUAACUAUUUUCUGUUUGUGAGGACUAACAAAUAUAUUUUUAGGUUGUUUUACCAAUGUUUUCAGGUGAAAAUCUUAGUCCCUAAUAGUACUGCAGGAAUGAUAAUUGGUAAAGGUGGCAUUUAUAUAAAACAAAUUAAGGAGGAAAGUGGAGCGUAUGUGCAGAUAUCUCAAAAGUCAAAAGAAACAAAUUUGCCAGAACGCUGUGUAACAGUUGCAGGUGAUGUUGAGUCUAACAGAAGAGCUGUUGACAUGAUAUUACAGAAGAUUGUUGAAGAUCCUCAAAGUGGAAGCUGUCCAAAUAUCAGUUAUGCAGAUUACACAGGACCAGUGGCCAGUGCUAAUCCUACCGGGUCCCCUUUCGCUAACACGGACUAUAUACAAAACAGAAGUACAGAGAUAGGAUUAGCUAAUAAUAACUUUGGUGCUUUUGGUUUUGGUUUUAAUGGAAAUGCCUUUGGAAACAAUAUAGGAGCUAGCAUGACGAAUCUGAACUUGAAUGCAGCUUUAAGUGGUGGCACUAGUAAUAGCAUUAACAGUACAGCUUUGGAUAACAUAAAAAUAACUCUGCGAGGAAAUGGAUUUUCAGAUCAAGCAACCGAAGAAAUAAGUACUGCCAUGAACACUUUAGCUAGCUAUGGUAUAUUAGCUAGUAUGGGUUUAGGAAUGGGCAGUUUGAAUAAUUUGGCAAACUUAGGAACUGGAAGCGGUCUAGGAACAGGACUGAAUCUUAAUUCAUCUGGCUUGCAAGGCUCUAGCAUGAUGUCAAGUAGUACAACUUCAACCACAAGUGUGAGCAGCCCUUUCUUUAACACUACCACCAGUACUAACAGUGCUGGUAGCCUUUUUGGUCCAGUUGGCAGUGGGUCAUCCGGAUUAGGAAGUUCAGGCUCCACUGGAGCCAACUCUAGUCUUUUCAGUAAUUCCUCUCCUAGUAUUGGCAACGAAAGAUAUGGGGGAAGUCCAAUGCUCAAUGAUUCAUUUGGCAAUGCUGCUAAUUAUCCCAGCAAUCCUGGGUUCACUGGAACUCCAAGCAUAGCUGGCGACAGGUCUCCUAAUGUUAAUCAAAAUUCUUUUGGCCUCGGAACUGGCAUCUAUAGCCCUGCUGAUGACAAAUCAGCCCCGGCAACUAAGCAAGAGAUGGAGGUUCCGGAGACAAUUGUUGGAGCUAUCCUGGGACCUGGCGGGAAAGGCAUCGUGGAAAUACAACAGUUCACGGGCACCAACAUUCAGAUUUCAAAAAAAGGAGUCUAUGUACCUGGUACCCGUAAUCGUGUUGUCACCAUAACUGGUACUCCUAACAACAUUUCCAAAGCCCAGUUAUUUAUCCAGCGGCGCCUCCAGCAAGAGGAAAUGAAGAGGGCUCGUCAAGCUUCUACCCGUUAGGGUACCCUCUCCCGCCAUUUCAUUGCACGGAAAUUCCCCCUUUUUCUUUCUUUUUCUUUUUUUUUCUUAAAUCCUCUCUCCCUCACUCUCACCCAUUCCUCUUUUUUUUUUCUUAACUUCUCCCACUUUCAUUUAAACAUUUUUAUUUAUUUUAUUUUAUAUUUUUUAAAAUCAAAUUAAACCCAUCCCGAAUCCUAACCAUAAAUAUAAUUCAAACAAAAUAAAUAUAUAUAUGUGUGUAUAUAUAUAUAUGUAUGUAUAUAUAUGUAUGUAUGUAUAUAUAUAUAUGUAUGUGUGUAUAUAUAUAUAUAUAUAUAUAUAUAUAUAUAUAUAUACACACACACAUAUAUGCACAGGCACACAUACACAAGUGUGCAUGCAUACAUAUUCAAAGAAGCACACCAUGUACAUACAUGUGUGUAUACACAUAUAGGUGCGAGUAUAUAUGUAUGUAUAUACUACACUCAUACACUUUUGUGUAUUUGUGUGAAUAUGUGUGUGUGUGUGUGUAUAUAUAUAUAUAUAUAUGUGUGUGUGUGUGUGUGUGUGUAUGUAUAUAUAUAUAUAUAUAUAUAUAUAUAUAUAUAUAUAUAUAUAUAUAUAUAUAUAUAUAUAUAUAUAUAUAUAUAUAUAUACACAUAUAUAAUAUAUAUAUGUAUAUAUCAAAAAUCAUUUUUCCUCUUUCCACAGCUUGGAAAAAGGAAUAGAAAACUUAAAUACAUUGCCUCUCCAAUUUCUAGAUAUAACAAGAUGAAAGCUAACCUUUUUUUCUUUAUUUUUUCAUCAAAUUCAUUCAGUAUAUAAUUCAUUUAUAAAUUAAAUUUCAAAUGCUCUAAAUGAAUCCCAUACAGCCUCAGAAGUGUUUAGUAUCACAUGCAUACAUACAUCCAUAUACAAUUACAUACACACACACAUAUAUAUAUAUCUUCUCAAGGUGGGGAAAAUUGAAAUGCCUAUGUUAAUGAGCUUUUUUAGUGUUACGUUUUGUGUGUAUAUAUAUAUAAAUGUAUAUAUGUGUAUGAAUGUGUUUAUGUGUUUAAUUGUUAUUUUUUACGUCUGUUUUCCAUGCUAUCAUGGAUUUAGAUGUUUUAAAUAUGGAUAUUUUCAUGAACUGUGUGAUUGUGUGUGUGUCUUGUGCAUUGUGUGUAUAUAUUUGUAUAUGUUUGUGUGUGUAUAUAUAUGUGUAUAUGUGUAUACAUACAUACAUACAUAAAUGUGCACGCACAGUUUUUUGAUUAUAUCUUUUGAGUUUUUAUUUAUAUUAAUUUAAUGCUUUGAAAAUAUUUUUAAAAAAUCAAAAAUUUCAAAAAUUGAAAAAAAUCUAUUUAAAAUGUUACACUCAUCGUAUUCAUAUUCUAGAAAUAAGAUACAUUUAAUCUGGAUAUCUAAUCAUCAGUAUGUUCUAAAAUCGAUUAAGAACGUUUUGGUUUUAUUUAUUUAUUUUUUUUUUCAAAUGGAAAUCAUAACUUUAAUGUUCAGGUCAAAUUUGUUAGCUAAUUGAGGCAUUUAUUUCUAUAUUUUUUAAAUGUUUCUAGAUUUUACAUAAUUUAUUCAAUAGCUAUCUGAUUGCCAUAUUCUCACUACAGAAAAUCAUCAAUUUUUAUCUGAUUGUCAUAAACAUGUUUGUGGCUGAGUUUAAUGUAUUCUGAUAAAUCUUACAUCUUAUAGUGAAAAGGUUGGCUUAAUUUGAAUUUCUGGUAGUUGGAAAGACAAAGUGACUAUUUCUGUUAUUUUCUUUUUGAUUCACAGAGGCUUCCCUGAAUAUUAUGAAAAUGGAAUGUGGUAUUGAAAUAUCUGUUGCAGUCUCUUCAAGCAGCUUUAAAAACUGUUUUAUUGAACCAAAAUAGAAUUAACUUUUCAGUGCUUAGGUCAAAAUUUGUCUUUCACUGAUACUUCUCAUCAAGUAUCAAAAUAUGUAGGUUGGCCUAAGAUGAAAAAGAAAUCUUGAGCAAGAAAGAUGGUUAUACCUGAUUAUAACAUUAUACAUUCAUUAUUGUUUCAUUUUGCAAAAAGAAAAAUAACAAAAAAAGACAAAAAAGAAAAAAAAAAUAUGAAGAUAAAAUGUAAAAAAAAAAAAAUCAUUCUCUUUUUAUUUUCCUAAUAACCUAUGUUUAUUAUAUCAAUGAUUUAUUAACUCGUAUUUCAGAGCACCUAUGUAAUGAGAAAUCAAAAUCAUCUUAAUUCUAUUAAAGCAAUUUUUCACCCUAUAGAUUCCAUAAAAUCUCCACAUAUCUAUCUCUAAACUCUAUUUAUACCUAUUUAUAUCCAUGUAUUUAUAUUGGUUAUAUCAACCUUUUCCUUGCAUAAAUAACUUCUAAUUUCUAAACAUCUCAUUAUUUGAUUUAUAUUUUCCUCAUUAAAAUGUUUUAGUCUCUAAA